GUCAAAAGCAGUGCAUCACGGGACAUCCUACAUUCAAAAUGUCGAGCGACGAAGAAAUUUUCGAAGUUGAUGAGAUCUUAGAUGAAAGAAAGAGGGGGAACACCACCCAGUAUUUGGUACGCUGGAAAGGGUUCGGACCCAGUGAGGACUCAUGGGAGCCAAGAAAAAACUUGGGCAACUGCACGGAGGCAUUGGAGGUGUAUUAUAAAAAACAUGCCACACCAAAACCUCCUGCGAGCCCAGGGCGUUCAACAAGAUCCACACGGUCCUCUAUGAAGAAGGCAGUUGUGCCAAAAUCUUCUGCAAAGGAAACCCGGAUUUCAGCAGCGGAGACCAAGAGUAUCACAAAGUCAGCUGUAUCUGAACAAAGUGCACAAAAAUCUGUCACUUUGACGAGAUCUGCCUUGAGACAAGUGUACACAGCAAGUGAAACGACCACCCCAGGGCUCUCCAGAACCCCCCUCAGGACAAGAGCAAAGUUAGACUUUGAAGAAGCCAAAGAUGCCAUUUCAAACAGACUGCGCCAGGGUGCCACCACCAGCACCAGAAGCACCACUGUCACCACCAGAGGCAGCACCAGCACCACUUCAGGCAGCACCAGGUCAAGAGCUGUAGGAAAGAAGUAUCUGCGUGUCACUGCGGCCGACAUACCUCUCAUCAUCUUAGUGGCCAUCUUGUUGUUUAUUUGGAUCUCCCUGAUGUACCAGUUCUUUUAUGCAGCCAAAAAGAAAUAGGGUUUUAUUAUUUAUUGAAAACCAAGGGAUACUCAGUUCAACGCAAGAGCAAUCAAACAGCAGCAAUCAUAUGUGCAGAAAAAUU